AUGUCAACGUCCAUUCCUUCUGCGCCAUCCAACCUCAAGAAGCUGAACGCCCAAGUGUACCUGUCUGAGCCAACAGGGGAAGAUGCCAGCGCGUCUGCAGAUGGGUCGGAAGGUGUUAGCGCGCCUGGGCUCAUCAUUCUCUUCGGUUGGAUGAACGCAAAGUUAGCGCACGUCCAAAAAUAUGCCGACAUCCUCCGUGGUAUUUACUCAACAUCGACCAUCGCGGUCGUAAUGGUGGAUUCUAACUUCUACUGGUUGAGCGAAAAAACGAAGGAGUCCACAUUAGCGCCCGUAUUGACAACCCUCAAUCGAGAAAAGGAGAAUGGGAACCUUAACAAAGGAAUCCUGCUUUAUGUGAUGUCGAAUGCUCGCCAUCCACUCAACGCGCCUCAGCAGCCUCCAAUUGCCAUGCUUCUCGACUCUCUCCCUGGCGACGACGGUUUCGAGUCAGCCAUGAACGGAAGCCGACCCGAUCAACCCAUCCUACGAAUCAUUUCUACCCCAAUCGUCAUCCUCAUAUACGGUGUAUUCCACCUCAUCAACAUGCUCGCCGGCAACCUUCCGAUCUUCACUAGCCUUCGAAUCGCAGUCCACGAACCAGCUGGCCUUCCGAACUUGAGCGAGUCCAAGAGUAGCGACGUAAAGCCCGCCCCGAGGCUUUACAUCUACUCAGAGACAGACAGAAUCACGUUGGCGAAGAACGUCAAAAGGCAUAUCGACGAGGCAGCUGGAAAGGGGUACGACGUGACGGUUGAGAGGUUUGAGAAGAGCCCUCAUGUUGCCCACGCGCGCACGGACCCAGAACGCUACUGGACGGCUGUGCGUGAGCUUUGGUCGCGAGUGGCAACAAGGGAGACAUAG